AUGAAGAAGGGCGCUCUUCUCGAGAUUGACGCCACGCGAGACAUCACCACCGCAGAACACGACCUCGGCUUCUGGGCUGCCGUCAAGCAAUACCCCACCGCCGUCCUCUGGGCAAUGUUCUUCUGCAUCGCAGUCAUCAUGGCCGGUUUCGAUGCCCAACUUGUUACCUCCUUCUAUGCGCUCCCUGCCUUCCAGCAACGGUUCGGAAAGCUGUAUGAAGGCGAGUGGAUCAUCUCUGCGCCGUGGCAGACGGGUCUUGGCAUGGGGAACCCAAUUGGACAAGUCCUUGGAGCUCUUGCUUGCGGUUGGCCGCUGGAGAGGUUUGGACGAAGAAUCACUCUAGCGGUUUGUUGCGUCUGGUCGAUUAUCUUUGUCUUCGUUCAGUUCUUCUCGACCUCAAUCGGGAUGCUGUGUGCUGGCGAGAUUCUAGGUGGCUUGGCGUAUGGUUUCUACGUUGUCAUUGCGCCCACAUAUGCCUCUGAGAUUUGCCCCUUAGCUCUGAGAGGUGUACUAACAGCUUCCGUCAACCUUGCUUUCGUCAUUGGACAAUUCAUUGCCCAAGGUUGUGCCGCUGGCUUGGAAAGCAGACUCGAUGAGUGGGCGUACAAGGCGCCAUUCGCAAUCCAAUGGGUGUGGCCUGUCGUACUUCUCAUCGGUCUCCCCUUCGCCCCCGAAAGCCCUUAUUGGUUAAUCCGCAAGAACCGGAAAGAGGACGCACGAAAAUCCCUCUUGAAGCUCUCUUCCGCCAAGCACCGUCCCGACAUCGACAGCGUCCUCAUCAUGAUCGAGCAAACCGACCUCCUUGAACAAGAACUCGAGUCGACAACCACAUACUUCGACUGUUUCAAAGGCGCUAACUGGCCCAGAACAGAGAUCUCAAUCAUGGUGUACCUUAUUCAAGUCAUUGGCGGCAAUCCCUUGAUCGGAUACGCAAACUUUUUCUUCGAGCAAGCGGGUCUCAACCCUUCUGAUGCCUUCAACAUGGGCGUCGGCAACACAGCCCUCGGUUUCGUCGGCACCUGCCUCUCCUGGCCCCUAAUGUCCUUCUUCGGCCGUCGCACGAUCUACAACUCCGGCAUGACAUUCAUGACUCUCAUCCUCUUCAUCAUCGGCUUCCUCGACUUCGGACGCUCCCACUCCGGCGCCGUCUGGGCCCAAGCCACACUAAUGGAUAUCUGGACGUUCACGUACCAAAUGACCGUCGGCCCCAUCUGCUUCGUCAUCAUCUCCGAGAUCUCGUCCACGCGCUUGCGGGGGAGGACGAUCGCCAUCACGACUGCUGUGCAGGCCAUGGCCUCGAUCGUGUUUACCGUUGCCAUGCCCUAUAUGUUGAGUUCUGAUCAGGCGAACUGGAGAGGCAAGGCGGGGUUUCUCUUCGGUGGGAUUAGUCUGGUCUGUCUUGCGUGGUGUUGGUUCCGCAUUCCGGAGAGCAGGGGACGCACGUUUGAGGAGUUGGAUAUCCUGUUUGAAAGGAAGGUGCCGGCGAGGAAGUUUAAGAAUUACGAUUUGCUGGCUGAGCAUCAUGAGGUUGGUGGGAUGGAGAGUCCAAUCAAUGUUUGA